UUCCCCUAGAGGUUGGCUGGUUGGUGUAAAACUGAUUGGCUGUGCCAUGCAGUGCAACAAAGGGAAACGGUGGCUGUCACGAAAGCUGCAAGAUCAAGUAAACUGGGGGUAAUGGAAAUGACGGGAGAUGAGAUGGAAGCGGGUCGUGGGGAAAGCUAUGAAGUUUUUUCUUUCUCUUGUCCUUGUGCCCAGAUCCAGAUCAGGCUCAGACUGGGGAAGACUGGAGCCAUGGGCGAAACCUGGGGGUAAUAGAAAUCCAGAUCCAAGUUUAAAGGCAUUUUCGGUGUUGCCGGACCUCGGCCGUGUGGGGCUCUCCGGGCGAGUCCGGGGCCUUUGCUUGUCCCGGAGCCUUGAGUGCGAGAGUGGGUGCCGGACUCCGUUGCUUGUGGGACAGGGAGGCAUUUUGGUGUUAUUUUUGCGUAACAUAUGGAGAGAGGAAGAGGGGGGAAAACUCAAAACAUUGAGGUGGAUUGUCCAGAGUCUGGAGUCUGGGGUAUUGGAGAAUCAGAGCUUCUGUUCUAAGUCAGAUGAAUCAUGGAAGAGUAGUAUUGUUGAUGACAACGAAGCAGCUUAAGAACAAACAGACCAAUCUUGUCUAAACUCUAUCAUUCAUGAAAGCCAUGAUAUGUCGUGCAACUCCCGUCUUAUGCCAGACU